AUGGCUUCCAUAAAUUCUUCUAUCAUUUGGAAAUAUUGCGAAGUUUUGCGAUUGACAACAAAUAUGAGGUUAGCAACCGGAUCGGAACAAUCAACUGCUCAGGAGUUAAGGUCGUUUUCAGAUUGGAUACUUCAAAUCAGUGAAGGUCGAUGUGGAGCAGUGGUCAACGAUAAACUUUUUGUUGAUAUUCCUCCUGAUCUAAUCAUUCCUGUCUUGGAAAAUCCAGUGGAAGAUAUUGUAAAUACAAUCUAUCCAAAUUUGGUUCAAAAUUUUUGUGAUCCAAGUUUUUUCCAAGAUAGGGCAAUACUUGCUCCGACUGUUGAAAAUGUUGAAGAGAUAAACAAUUAUAUAGUUGACCUGUUGCCCGAUGAGGAGAAAAGUUACCUCAGUGCUGAUUCGAUAUGUGGUAGUGAUGCUUAUUCUGAUGUUGAUGUUGAUUGGAUAACUGUUGAAUUCUUGAAUCAGAUUAGGUGUUCUGGUCUACCUAAUCAUUUGUUGAAGUUGAAAAUAGGCGUGCCUAUUAUUUUGUUGAGGAAUAUUGAUCCGGCUGGGGGUUUGUGUAAUGGUACUCGACUUGUCGUGCAAGAUCUAGGGACAAAUGUGAUUGGUGCCGAUAUUGUUUCUGGUAGCAAUGUUGGGGAUAAAGUUUUUAUCACUAGAAUGAAUAUGAUUCCUAGUGAUACGGUUAUACCGUUUAAAUUCCAACGUCGUCAAUUUUCGGUUUCUUUGUCGUUUGCAAUGACAAUCAACAAAAGCCAGGGUCAGACAUUAUCAACAGUCGGUUUGUUCUUGCGUCGUCCUGUGUUUUCUCAUGGUCAGCUUUAUGUAGCUCUUUCCCGAGUUAGGAAUAGAAAUGGUCUUAAGAUUUUACUUUGUGAUGAAGGAUUAGUUGAUGCUGCCAAGACUGAAAACGUUGUAUUUAAGGAAGUUUUUGAUAAGAUAUAA